GCACAACACAACAAUCCAAGAGAAUUUGGUGCGGAGUACGAGUCAUUAUGUCGGGGCAAACUUGUAGUCUUUGCCCAAUGAAAAAUUCAUUAAUGUAUGUUCCACAAUAAUAACAUUAAAAAAAGUUCACCAUUACAAGAAGAAAAUGGAGAGUGGGAAACACUUUGUUCUAGUUCAUGGCUCUUGCCAUGGGGCAUGGUGCUGGUACAAGCUGGUCACCCUGCUCAAAUCCGCCGGUAACCGGGUUACAGCUUUGGACCUCGGCGCGAGCGGGGUGGAUCCGAGGCGGCUCGACCAAAUCGCCACCAUAUCUGACUACGUGCAACCAUUGAUGGACUUCAUGGCAUCCCUGCCUGGUGGUGAGAGGGUGGUCCUAGUUGGGCACAGUUAUGGCGGCUUUUGCAUUUCUCUAGCCAUGGAGAGCUUCACCGAGAAGAUCUUCGUUGCAGUUUUCAUCACAGCCUUUAUGCCGAACCCUAGAGAUCCACCAGCCAUCUGUUUUCAAGAAUUCUUCAGAAGGGUCUCGCCAAACACUUUUAUGGAUAGUAAAUUUACAUAUGAUCAUGGAACGGAAAACCCACCGACUUCACUUAUCGUAGGUCCAGAUUGCUUGACAACUAUGGUUUACAAUAAGUGCCAACCAGAGAAUAUUGAGUUAGGCAAAAUGUUGACAAGACCAAGUGGGUUUUUCAUUGAAGACUUGAUCCAGGAAUCUCUGCUAACUGAGAAGAAAUACGGGUCGGUAAGCCGGGUUUUUUUGGUGUGCGAAGAAGAUCACUGGGUGGAGGAAGAAUUCCAGAGAUGGAUGAUUGAGAAUAGUCCAGCUAAAGAAGUGAUGUCCAUAGCUGGAGCUGACCAUAUGGCAAUGCUUUCAAAACCCAAAGAGCUUUGUCUCUGUUUACUUGAGAUUGCUCUGAAAUAUCAAUAAACAAGAAGGAUAAGAAUUUAAUAAACCUGUUGUAUGUCAAAGAUGAGAUUUGGCAUUACUCUGAAUGCAAGAGUUUUAAGUUGUAUUAGUAAAACAUUUACAUGAAAAAUAAUAGUAAUAAUUUUUAAUUUUUAAUUUUUAA